AUGAGCUUAUCAUCUAUUUGUGGGAAAAUUGAGAACCAUCUGUCUGAGCUCCUGAAUGAGGUUGCUCAGUCCAAAUCAUUAAAGAAAAAUAUAUAUACAUAUUGGGAUUGGAAGAUUAAGCUGGUACUUCCAAAUCUGCUCAUUCCACCUCUUUUUGGCAAGGGAUCCUUGAUGGAUCAAGUCAAUCCAAGGUUGGGUGUUAAAUGGGAAGCGCUAGAGCCUGGGUGGUGUAAGGUAAACUUUGAUGGCACUUCUGCAGGUAACCCGAGUCAAAGUGGUAUUGGGUGUAUAUUGAGGAACUCCGAUGGUAUCAGUAUAAAAGAAAUCUCUGAAAAGAUUGGAGUUGCCACUAACAAUGAAGCUGAAUUUAGAGCGGUGUUAUCACUGUUUUAA